GGAAGUUGGUGAUGAACACCGCUACACGUCAACUCUGGGGACGGCUGCUGCGAUUGGCUGUCGUUAGUCACGUGUUUGUUUUGAAGAUGGCGUCUCCAAAUGGAGGUGACGAUUUUGAGGGCUCUUUGCUGAGUUUUGAGAAGUUGGACAGAGCGUCACCAGACCUGUGGCCGGAGCGCUUGCCUGGAGUUGCAGAAUUUGCUGCAUCUUGUAAAAACCCUAUCAAUAAUUCGCCCCCUAAAUGGAUGGCUGAACUAGAGAGUGAGGACAUUGAAAUGUUGAAAGAGCUGGGUAGUCUGACCACAGCCAACCUGAUGGAGAAGGUCAAAGGACUUCAGAACCUUGCUUACCAGCUGGGCCUAGAGGAGUCCCGAGAAAUGACCAGGGGGAAGUUCCUGAACAUAUUGGAGAGGCCCAAGAAGUGACGUUUUUAUUUUCUACAAGCAACAACAAAUGUGGGCACUGAAAGGUGAAUUAGUUCUAUGCAUUAAACAGUAUGCUCUGAACAUGUUCAGACCUUCACUACACAUUUCAAAAACCUUUAAUUGAAGCAGAAAUGUUCCCUGGAGGCUGAGGUCUCUUCCUGCUGUCCUCCAAGACAGAUGCCUUUACAUCCACAGAAACUCAAAAUGAUGUACCACCUCUUUCUGACUUUCUGUCCCUUGUAGGCAAGCCUUGAUCAAAUGUUCCCUAUUUAUUCUUCCUUCUAUUUUAAACAUGAUUUACAUUUUUUUCAAUUUCUGAAGUUGUAUAAUAAAGUUUUAAAAUGAAAAGAC